AUGACACCCAUCAGAUCAAUGACAAAAUAUUUAGCUACACACCUAAGAUCAUUUCACAAGCGCGGCCUUAAGCGCACAAGCUUUGAAAAGAGACUACUUGGACUUUUCUUUACAAACAAAAACAAGAAACUAAAGCCUCCUAAAAAAGAAAAUUUAAGAUGUAAAAUCAUUCGCGGACACAAGAAGCUUAUUAGGCAGUUUCAGAAGUCUACUACUCCGAUUCGAAACUUAAACAAAUGCGAUCUCUCAAUUAGCCAAUCUGCGGAACUUUGGGAUGUUAUGCAGAAUCAUUAUUUUAUUAAUAAAAAUGAACUUGACGAUAUAAGUAGAACAGAAAAUGGGCCGAAAACUGAUGGAAAGACAAAAAGAGGCUUAGGCAGAAAAGGAAUUCAGAACAGUUAUAAUUUAUUAUUCUGCAAAGAAUAUUUCAAGUCUUCAGUAGUAAAGCAAUCUUUUUUUUAUUAUGUCCAGUUUUUAUUUUCAUAUUUGGAGCCUGAACUCUUGUGUGAAAAAUUUGAUUUGAGAUGUUGCAGAUACGAGCAUGAUCGAAAAUGUGCAGAAAAAUGGUUGCUUUUAAAAAAAUACUUUACAAAUUAUAUGAUUGAAGAUUUAGAAACCACUCCAUAUGUUCCUUCUCAAGACGAAAAUUAUUUGCCAAUCUUGGUGGAUUUGCAGAAUACUCCAGUUGAAGGUUUAUAA